AAUAUUUUAAAGUGAAUUAUACUCUUAUUUUGAUUAUUACUAAACAGUGUUUCAAAAAUGUGGAUCAAUUAUAUAUUUUUGAUAAUUACGUGCAGUUUAGUGAUAAGAAUUCAUGGCAAAAAUUUAGACACUAGUAACGAUGAACCAGUAUCAAACCCUAUCAAAUUCCCCGAUAAUGAUGAUAACAGCAACAACGAAAACCUUCAAUCAAUCAAUCCAAAUCAACAGGCUAUAAUUGCCAUACAAAUCAUAAAUAGUACAGCCGCGGAGGGUGAAUCAAAACCGAGCGGUUCAAAUAAAAAACGUACAAUUGAAGCAUCACUCGGUUAUGGUGGCUACCAAGGCAAUAAUUUCUAUUACAAGACACAAGAUGGUAAAUUUGAAAUAUAUCCAUAUUCACAACAUGAUAUUCCACCACGAAAUCAUGGCAAAUCAAACUCUGGAUUAAAAUCCAAUGUUGAUAUACAACAAGCGUAUUCUUUUAUUGUAGGGAAAAAACAACAACAACAACAACAGACCCAAAAUUACUAUUACCCACAGCAAAAACAACAAUACCAACCUCAUUAUAUGACCCAAUAUCCAUCUGGGAAUUCUGGUUAUCAACAAUCUAAACAAGAGCAUACCACACUAUUCUCAACAAUAAAUCAAGGUCAAAUCAGUGGUUUAAGUCCAAAUAUUCCAGCACAAUUCGUACAAUAUCCAGUAACUCCACAUGGAUCCACACAACAAUUACAAAUUCCUGUUAUUGUUUUACGUGUUUACAGUGAUCAAUUAUCACAUUCCAAUGAAAUUUAUCCAAAUUUACCCGCAAGCAAUCCGUAUGCAAGUCUUAUCAAUAUGAUUAAUUUACAACAAUUGCUAAAUGGAUACAUGCAAGAAAAUAUCGCGUAUUCUGCGCCACAGUCUCAUCAAGUACCUCAAAUUCCACAAGCAAGUCAACAAUAUUUAGCCUCCCCGCAAUAUGAAGAGCAACAACAACAGCAAUACGAGCUACCAAUAGCAGAGAACUAUCCAAAAAGUACACAUACGCAAGUCGUAAUAAAGCCAAAGAAACAAUAUUAUAAAUCACCCAAGGCAAUGGGUGUAAGUGUUACCACUCCAACCGGGUUUUCUUACAAAGCACUACCCUCUCAAAAUCAACAACAACAUGCUCAAUACGUGUACACAAAUGAGGCAGCAACUCAACAAUAUCUUGCGGGAGCCCAACAAUAUGUAGCACAAGGAAAUCAAUACAGUGUUCCUGUAGUUGGCGCACCAAAUUAUUACGAACAUAGUCAACAAGCAUAUGAAAGUCAAGCCACACAAAAUGAAUCACCUUAUACCUCACCUCAAAUUCAACAACCCGUUUACGAAACACAACAAACCGCUGCCGAUUAUAACGAUUACAUUCGUCAAAUGGCUUAUAGUACAGAUCAAGCGUCAGCAGGUAAACCAGAUGAAAAAGAUCAAACACAAUAUAUUUAUAUCAACGAAGCCGAGUUAUCAAAUCAUGGAUAUGUUUAUAAGAAUCCAUCAACCGGUGAAUACAUGUAUUAUCCAUCAACUAUGGCGUCACAACAUGGACAAAUGACAGCUGACACGAAAUACUCUUUACCAGAUCCAUCAAGUGAACAUCAUCAUCAAAGUACACCGUCCAUUUCGUAUAGUUAUACAACACCGGCUGCAUCACAAGGAAGUCAUUCACGCCUUGCAGUUACGGAGAAAUCGGUCCAUAAACAAUAUAACUAUCAUGCUCAAAAUCCACGACAUGCAGUUCAAACAUCGUCAGAAGAACAUAUGUCAAGUUCUGCUGGACGAGCUAAGAAAAAUAAAUCAUCUUCAAUGCGACCAUUAGUUCUAGCACCACAUUCAUAAUUAAAUUUAAAAUAAUUAAUAGUAAUUUUUUCGUAGCAAAAAGUAGGGUAACUAUAAAUCCUAGGCGGUGAAUUUUUUGGACAAAAUGAUUUCCACAAAAAUAGAUAGGGAAGUAGCAUUUGUUCGCAAAUCAGAAAAUGGCCAGAUUUUUUCUAACCACAAGUAUCAAAGCCUAUGAUUUCUAACGACAAGAUUAUUUUGGAAAAAUCACGGAUAAUGCCAAGCUGUCAUAAGUAGACAAAAAAAAAACAAACAGCAGUAAUUUAUGAAAUAACUCGACUAAUAAGUUGGCUAUGAUCACAUUCGUUCAGUGAUUUUAACAGUUUUGUUGAAAAAUACUAUGGUUUAUUAAUUAUCCAUCUAUUUAUUCAACGCUUGCGUCUACUUUAGCCCUCCAGCAGUAGCAUUGGUGGGUAGUUCUCGUUGCGUAGCGAAAUAAUUUUCCUAAUACCUAUACCUACAAGCUUAAGCUUCCUAAAUAUGCUUAUGAAGACGAACAAAAAGC